CCAAACGAUUAAUUUGACGAAAUCAACAAAUUAAAAAUUCUGUUUAUAUGUCAAAUCGCGCGAACGAUUAAAGGGAAAUUCUAAUGCAGUUUCACGCCUACACAAAAUUAAACGCUAAAAUGUAUUCCAACAGAUUUUAUAAAUACCACUUAACACCAGCAAAAUGCCAGUACUCCCAGUAUUCAGCGUACAUCUGGACAACUAAACUAAAAAAAAAACAGAGUUCAUUCGAGGAAGUCAGAAUUUCUUGAGAAUGCUUUUCAAUCCGAAGCCGUUAAAAGAUCCAGUGCACUUUAAAUUCCCUUUACAGUGCAUUUGGUUAAAAUUAAAUGGAUCGUGGCCGUUAAAGCGCAAAAUGUCCAAUGCAUUGGAAAAAUAUUUUAGUUUUCUAUACAGCACUUGGGCCUGGUACGUCGUGGCCAUGGUUGGCAUAACCAUCGGAUUCCAGAGUGCAUUUCUUGUGACGACUUUCGGCAAUAUAACGGUGACCACCGAGAACGGCUGCACUACGUUUAUGGGCGUAUUGAAUUUUGUACGCUUACUGCACUUACGACUGCGCCAAAAGGAGUUUCAUGAAUUGAUUGCGCAAUUCGUGCAGCAUAUCUGGAUUACUAAAUCUUCGCAAGUGUCCAUUGAGCGCGGUUGUGCCCGCAAUAUGCGCGUAUAUCAAGUGAUUUCAGUUCUGCAAUCCUGCCUCAUCACAAUGUAUUGCGUUAUGCCAUUGGUCGAGCUCUAUAUGCUAAGCGUGAAUCAUCCGCAUGACUUGGACUCCGUUGCCAAACCAUUUCCUUAUAAAAUGUUGUUUCCCUACGACGCCAAUCAUGGCUGGCGUUAUGCGCUCACCUAUUUGUUCACAGCCUGGGCUGGUGUUUGCGUGGUGACUACGCUCUUCGCUGAGGACUCCUUAUUCGGCUUCUUCGUCACCUAUACUUGUGGCCAAUUUCGCAUUCUACACAAUCGCAUCGACAAUAUUAUACCCGAUUCGUAUGCAGCGGUUCAAGCUGGUCGCGGUACGGUGGAUGAUUAUCAGCGUGAAUGCGUCCGACGGCUGGACAGAAUUGCGGCCAAGCAUAGCAUUUUAUUCGAUUUCGUCAAUCUCUUGGAGGAGUUCUUCAGUCCGAUUUUGCUGGUGAAUUUUCUGAUUUCAUCCCUUUUAAUUUGCAUGGUGGGCUUUCAGUUAGUGACGAUGAAGAAUAUGUUUAUAGGAGACUACAUCAAAUUUUUGGUAUACAUUUUCUCGUCCCUCUCUCAACUCUUUGUGCUUUGCUGGAACGGCGAUAAAAUAAUUCAAAACUCACUUGAGAUGGCCAACCAUUUGUAUUCAUGCAACUGGGAGAGUGAUAUUAUAUUUACCGAUACCAGAGUAGAAAAUAAUGUCGGAAAUAAUCCACAGUCGCUGAAGUCAUUGCCAACGGUUUAUUAUUCGACUGAUUCAAUCUUUCGCAGGAAGCUACAGUUUAUGAUUUUGCGCAGUCAACGACAAACCUGCAUAACGGCCAUGAAGUUCUCAACAUUGUCCUUAAACAGCUUUUCAGGGUUAAUGAGCUCAUCCAUGAGCUAUUUUGCACUAUUGCAGAGCUUCUACGAGAAUGAGGAAAAUUAA